CAGGAGUGAUGGCAUCCUGACUUCUCCUUGUUUGGGUGGCGUGGGGAGGAAGGUGAUGCUCACGGAAUGAUGGACUCCAGGUGAGGAAGAUGCACGGCUCCGCCCUAAGGAAUGGUGUUUGCACCCCUCCCUGUGCUCACCCAUCAGUUCAUUCAGACUGUGGCUGAGCCGCGCUCUGUGCUUAACACCGCCUAGACCCUGAAGAUCAAACAGGGAGCUCCAGCUGGAGCGUAGAGCCCAGUGUGGGGCUUGACACGUCCUUCUCUGCCUCGCUGGCUGUGUACCCCUGGGCACAUCGCGGAACCUCACGUCAUCCGCUAGUAGUUGCAGAGCACCGCCAUGUGCCAGGCGCUGGGGAUGGCAGUGGACAUGCCCGGCAAAUUGGCUGCCUUCAUGGAAUCUGCAUUCUAGGAUCCUGGUCGCUAAUGUCAGAGGAAAGUGACUCUCUGAGAACCAGCCCUUCUGUGGCCUCACUUUCCGAAAAUGAGCUGCCGCCCGCCCCCGAGCUCCCUGGCUAUGUGUGCUCGCUGACCGAGGAGCUGGUCACCAAGGCCAGGGAAGAGCUGCAGGAGAAGCCGGAAUGGAGACUUCGAGAUGUGCAGGCCCUCCGUGACAUGGUGCGGAAGGAAUACCCAAACCUGAGCACCAGUCUGGACGACGCCUUCCUGCUGCGCUUCCUCCGAGCCCGCAAGUUUGAUUACGACCGGGCCCUGCAGCUCCUGAUCAACUACCACAGCUGCCGGAGAAGCUGGCCCGAGGUCUUCAACAAUCUGAAGCCCUCGGCCUUGAAAGAUGUCCUCGCUUCCGGAUUCCUCACCGUGCUGCCCCACACCGACCCCCGGGGCUGCCAUGUCCUCUGCAUCCGCCCAGACAGGUGGAUACCGAGCAACUACCCAAUCACCGAAAAUAUCCGAGCCAUAUACUUGACAUUGGAAAAACUCAUUCAGUCUGAAGAAACCCAAGUGAAUGGAAUUGUAAUUCUUGCAGACUACAAAGGAGUGAGCUUAUCAAAAGCAUCUCACUUCGGCCCUUUCAUAGCCAAAAAGGUGAUUGGCAUCCUUCAGGACGGUUUCCCCAUUCGGAUAAAAGCAGUCCAUGUAGUGAAUGAGCCUCGAAUAUUUAAAGGCAUUUUUGCCAUCAUAAAACCAUUCCUGAAGGAGAAAAUAGCGAACAGAUUUUUCCUCCAUGGGUCUGACCUGAACUCUCUCCACACAAACCUUCCAAGAAGCAUUCUUCCCAAGGAGUAUGGGGGCACGGCCGGCGAGCUGGACGUCACCGCCUGGAACACCGUGCUGUUGGCCUCGGAGGAGGACUUUGUGAGAGAGUUCUGCCAGCCUGUCCCCGCCUGCGACAGUGUCCUGGGCCAGGCCCUGCCGGCCGAGGGGCUGACCUCAGACGCACAGUGUGACGACUCCGUGCGGGCCGUGAAAUCACAGCUGUACUCCUGCUACUAGCCAAUCCUGUGGGAGCGUCUCCAUCUUUAAAUCCUUUCCUUUCUUACUUUGGGAAGGCACAAGAAUUUUUGGCGCCAAGGAUUUGUCCUUGCUCCUUGUAAUUGCGCUGCAGUUUGGAGGAAACUCUGGAUUACCCUGGGGGUGAGCCGGGGUGCACCCUGGAUUACUUGAAUCAUUCUACGGAAGACACGGGAAAUGUUUCCAGUGAUUCCCAAAUGUUUGGAACCCCAGUUUGCAACUAUUAACCCGGAAGUUCUAUCAGGUUCUUACACACGUCAAAGCAAGAAAAAUCAGGACCAAAGUCACUUUGAUCCUGUGUCCCAGGAGAAAACAAUCUGAUUGGCCAGUCAGCGCAUUCCUCUGAAACACUCUGGUCAAGGCUGCAAGGUGGCCACACGUGAGACUUUGGGAGUUUGUGUGUUUCACAUGAACCAUGACUCCAGACUUCUGUGGCCCAUCAGGAAUCUACAUGUUUGCGGUCCAGGCCCCCGUGGCUGUCAUGGGUUUGGAAAGCACCUUAAUAGAAUCCGGCACGCGUCGGGACGCUAGCAGCACUUCCUGGUCAAAUUUGGGAGCCAGAGGCUUCGAGCACCCAUGGGAUUCAUUGGUUGAGUCUCGCAAUAGAAACUUGUUUUCCCAAAUCCAUAAAGCCUUAGCCCUGGUUCUCAGUAGAAUCAUGCGGGGUCCUAGAAGUAUGUAAUUCUAUUCAACUUAAAAUACUGGAUGCCAGGCCUGUGCAGCAAAAAGAAUUCUGGUCUAAGAAUGAAGAGACUUGAGCUCCAGCCUCAGGUGUAUGACCAUGGGCCAGACCUGGGCCUUUGUGAGCCUCAGUCUUCUCAUCCGUACAGUGAGGCUAAAUGAAACGACGCCCAGGCCCUUUGAGCAGCUGCGGUUCUGGGUUUGAUUUAGUUCUUGAAUGUUAGACAUCACCUUUCUGCCUAGAAAGAGGACUCUGUCGAUGCAGGUGGCUGGGCCCUGUCUGGGGGUACACCUGGGCCUUUCCAGGAGGGAUGUGUCAGUCACCAUUUGGCCCUGCCUUUAAAGAAACAAGUAUGUACAUUCCUGGGACUUCGCGAUACUAACUUCCUUUUCACAGUGAGGGUUCAAUGUGAAAAGAAUGACUUUUGUGAGGGUGGGCGAGGGAGGUGACCAGGAUCUUGUAUGGAUUCCUCCCAUCCCUGAGGUUCUGGUGGUAGCGUGUAAAGAUGGCAGCGGGGAAUGAGUUCCUUGGGGUUCUGAAAUUCUGGUCUCUGGACAUGGAUACAAGGGCAGGUUAUUGCUGGGUUGCUUCCGGGGCCCCUGUCCUCCCGAACCCGUCUGCGUUUCUCUCUCUGGUGUGGCCGGACACACUCUAGUCUGUCCAGCCGGACUGAAUGUUAGUUUUGCAUUUCGACACUUUAGAUCCUUCCUGUCAAGAAUUUAGCCCUUGUCCAAGCAUCUAAUUAGGUGGUUCAUCUUGUGGCUUGUGACCUAUUUCCUUUCCUAUUCAUUCCAUGUAAAUUAUGUUAAAAAGUGACAAGUACUCUGUGUUGCGUGUGUGCUUCCCUGUGCACUUACUAGGCCACCAGGCAAGGUGGACAGCUCAGUUGGGAACACACUGAAAUUCAAAGGCCAGUCUGUUGCGAAUAAGCUGUUCAUCUCUAUAGCACUUUUCAAAAUGUCUGGCGAAGUUGGUGGUGGAAAUUACUUACCUCAUUAGUGCCAAUUCUAGGGACAGCUCUCUUCACCGCAGAUACUGACCCUGGGUCCUCUGGGGACCUGGCUGAGCUGCACGUGCCAAAGUGCAAGUGCCCCUGGCUGCCCCUCCUCAUUCCAUCGGACAGUGAUGGUGUGACCAGCACUGCGGAUCUGAGUGAGGACGAGCGGGGUGGCCAACGUAGACAGAGGGCUCAGAGCCCGUCUGCCUGGAGGGACAAAUUGGUUAGAGACUUCCUUAGGUCCCAAAGAGGAGAGAUUAAAACAAAACAGAAAACAAAAAAAAAGCUAGACAGAAAAAUGGGUUGCUCAACCAGCCCCACCGAGCUUCCACGGUUUAAACUCUGCAUGGCAGCCUACUGCCUCUGUGUGAAGUCACCUAGCUGGCCAGCCUCCCCUGGGGAAGCAUCU